AUGAGCUCUACUUAUGGUUGGCUUACUGAAAGCGCUCUUUCCAUUGAGCGUCCGAUUCCUCUAAAAGGUGUCUCACAACAGUCUCAGCUUCGCCUGUCUUAUAUUAUCAGGAAACAGCAGGAGAGUCAGCAGCAGCAACUCAAUGAGCAAAGGCCGCUUUUUGUCAAGGCGGCCAGAGACGGCAAGCUUUUCACGCAUGAUGCUCCUUGUUCUCGCAGGUGGACCCGACCAUCAAAAAAGCCGCUCGAUUGGGCAACACGGAAGUUAGCGGACAAGAAUGAUGGCGUCGGCUUAAGAAUCGCUGCUGACGAGCUAAAGGGUGGAAAGUGCACUCAAGACCUGCACUCUGUGGCGAGCCAUUUGGAUAGAAAGUCUAAACUGUACGACAGACUAGUGGGAGGCUUGGAGCACAGCACAUCCGCGGUGCAGCUGCUUCAGCUGCAUCAGAAGCGUCGUAUGACUGAAAGGAUUGAUUCGCAGCCAGAACCGACAGGCCCCCGUUUGUCGGCCGAAGCUCUUGCCGAGCUCCUAAAUUUCAACGAGGGACUGGUCACAUUAGAGGAAACAGAGUACGCAGAAAACGGAAAGCGGUGGCGGGAGUACUUUGUUAUUUCUGUUGCUUUUACGUAG